AUGCUAGUAUCUUUAAAAUCCUUCCUGCUCCUUCUUGCCCUUAUUGGCUUUGCCCAUGCCCUUGGAGGAGUCGUUGGACGAGGACAAAAGGUUACGGUAAUGGGAAAAUUGGUGUGCAAUGGAGCUGCGGCGGCGGAUGUCAAGGUUAAGAUGUAUGAGGAUGGAACUAUCUAUGACACCAAAAUGGACACCAUGAACACCCUUGCUGACGGAACCUUCAAUUUGAUGGGUUCGCAAAAGAAAGUUAGAAGUAUCGACCCAAAACUCAACAUCUAUCACAGAUGCAAUCAUCAUGGACUUUGCCCAAAGAAAGUGACCAUUCAUGUGCCAAAGAAUGCCGUUGGAAAGGGAUCCAAAGACGCUCAACUCUUCGAUAUUGGAGUCUUGAAUUUGGCAAACAAAUUCCCAGGAGAGACCACUGAUUGUAUUCAUUAA